UACUUCGGACUUUGGCAAGGGAAGGUUUUACCAUAGAGUACCUACAUACAUCCUUCUGAUAAACAGCCGUUCGCUUUAAAAAAAUUCUUAGAGUGGCUGAAAUCGGGAUAACGCUAAAUUUAUAAUCCGUAUUAAUAGCAUCUUGAGAAACAAACAUGUCCUCAGCGUUACGUCUCCUGUUUCUGUUACUUGAACUACUCCAAUUCACCAAAGCAGAGCCCCCAUCUGCUGGAAUCAUCACCUGCAGCUUUGAUAGGGAUUUCUGCGGCUGGUCGGAUACCGGCACAUUGCGCUGGGCUCUCGUCGGUGGCACCAACAUUCUCCCUCAGCACAACGGCAGUUUUGUCAGCACAACAAACGGCGCACUCGGCCACUACACUUUGUCUUCAGCACCCAUUUCCUCAUUUCUUCCCCGUAAUACAUCAUUAGCCUUCUGGUAUGCGUUACGCAAAGGCUACGACUCAGUAUUCCUUAAUAUCACCGAUCCGACGGAACAGCGCAGCUCAAGAGCUAUAUGGGAACGCCGCCCGCCCCAGUCGGGAGUGCAUGAUAUCACGUGGGCGUAUGUGGAAAUUCCGGUUAUAGUGGACUACGAUUUUCGGUUGCAGUUCACGGCCAAUAUUAAGAAGGAAGGCGGCCUCGUGGCGCUGGAUGACUUCGUGUAUUUUGGAGAACAAGAUGGGGGGCCGGGAAAACCGGGCCGCCGGCAUCCGGCACUUUCCUGUACGUUCGAGACCGGCUUUUGCGACUGGUCCAAUCACCGGAGCGCAACGUCCCAGUUUCGGUUGGUUAACGUUGAUUCUGCAUUAGAAGAGGUCGCUUUCAACAGUCAUCGGUAUUUGCUAGCCAAGAACCAAUCAAUUGCACAUCUGACGAUGGCGUCACUGAUCAGUCCUUGUAUCAAUGUCCGGAACAGCACGAAGAUACUCAUUAAUUACCACGUUGCACUGUCCACGUACCAAACCGAGCUACGCAUCGUAAUUAGAAAGAACACCGGCACUUCAAUAAGCCCGUUUUACAACAACGCCGACAACCUGCGGGCGGCUGAUAACAUCCGCGUUAUCCUCCAAGUGGUGCUGCGUCCCGGUACAUCCGUGCGACUGAACAGCAUCUACGUGGCUAACGAAGCCGAAUCUAUCUUUUACAGUGAGGGCUGCACGCCGCUGUCGGACGAACCAUUGCUAUCCGAGUUUCCUACGUCUCCAACGGUUUCAUGUAGUUUUGACCGGAAUUUCUGUGGAUGGCAAUUAUCGGAAGAUGACCCAGAAGGACAGGUGGUCAUUGGCCGGCAUGUUUUUGACGAUGUUGACAAAAAAUUUAUCCCGGUUCCUGUAGCCGGUGUGGGCGCGUUGAUUAUUCAGGCUAAGCUGAUUGUGUUCAACGAUGAGAGACCGUGGAAAGCCGGACCGUUUUUCUCACCGGAGAUUGUUCAGCGAAAACCGACAGAAUUCUUCUUCUAUUACCGUGUCGACCACCACGUUAAUCGAGCGUGGUUACGAGCGGAGUACGCUGACGGGAGCGGUGUAAUGCUGUGGAGCUUUAAAAUGCGCACUCAGGAGCCAAUGAUUUCACAGAACUAUAAGUGGUUACCGGCCCGCAUUGGACUAUGCUUACCAGGUCGAUUCCGGUUGGCUUUUUAUGUGCAGUUCACGAUGAACCCCAGAUUAUCGUUGUGGCUCGACGAACUGGUCUUGAAACAAGAAUCUGAUGCUAUAACGACGCUGACCGACACCUUUGACCCUGUUGGCUGUAUACCCACCGCAGUACAGCCAAGCACGGCGAUCACCUGUGAUUCGUAUACGGCGCAAACCGCCCGUACAAAUUUUUGUGGGUGGCAGUGUCAGCCGAAUCAAAAGGUUCGUUGCAGUACAGCCGAAACAUCCAGUGCUGGCGACUACCAUCCGCUCCUGGCGUUAGUCAUCGAAGCCAACGCGCUAGACCUGACGAACGGAACCAGUGCCACGGUAAUUAGUACGCCGUUGACUGUCCGGCCAGCUUCACAGCUGCACAUUUCCUACACAGUGAUCGGAGCACCCAUCCGGGUUACCGUCGCGAUUAGCAACAGCACCGCGCAAGAUUUAUCAGUGGUGGUAAUAAGGGUGUUCAAUUUUACGAACGACAUUCGAGAAUGGUUUGGACUGACUGUGACCUUUCCAUCGGCUUUUUAUGACCGCACUGUCCAGGCGCAUUUGCUUGUGGAAUUUCUGCCGAGAAAAACGCCUGCUCCAUAUCUCACUGCAGCCUUUGCCAUAAACAGCAUCUGGUACACUGCAGAAGAAGGACACACUAUGCCAGUGCAAACGGACACGAUUCCUGUACCAGAAUCGUGCAACAGUUCCAAUUACAAAAAUAUUUCAUGCGAUUUCCAAAACACCGCGUGCGCCUGGAGCGUAAACAGCAGUCCGCAUCGCACCGAGCGCGGGAAGAGAUCAUGGGUAAUCGGCCCGGAAUAUGCAGUGCUCAGCGCAUCGUCGGCCGCUGCAGAUAAAAGCACAAGCGAAAUGCAUACCAGUUAUCACGGCCCAAUCGCGGAGAUUAUGCGCUUUUCGUACCGCACCCAGGGAACUGGGCGGGUAUUUUUGGAACUGUUGGCGCAAAUACAGAAUGACGUUUUCCGCUUAUGGACGUAUUCAUCUAUGGACAGACAGACUCCCGCUUCCUCAUUCCCAUUGCCGACUCAUGCCGAAAAACAGGAAGUUAGCGCAUGGAAGACUGUCGAAAUUCCCUUGUGUAUGAAAUUUCCAUUUAGAUUGGUAUUUCGAGCGUCAGCCGUCACCAAGAACAUCUCCAUUUUGCUGGAUGAUGUGACCAUGGACAACGAGUGUGACUUUUUAACUUACAAUAUCGACUGUCCGGCCAUGAAGCUAAUAGGGCCUCCGACGAGCAAAAUACCACAGGAGACUGAACUCAGGUCAUCCUGGAGCGGUGAGCACAGCUGUGCAUUUGAGAACGGCGACCUGUGUGGAUGGCGCAACAACGAUAAUAAUCAAGUACAGUGGAGCGCUGUCGCAUUCGGCACCGCGGAGACAGGCCGCAACGUAGCGGAACUGGCAUGGAAUGAUCCGCAGAUGAGGCUGCCGGCGUUUUCGUAUUUGAUCAGCCCGAAACUCAUCGCCACAGUCGACAUGCUAAGUGAUACUACUCCACGCAAAUUGUUGCUACAAUUUAGCAUUAGAAUCGUCAACACGGAGACAGCAUAUGUCGAGCUGUACUUUGCCAGAACGGGAACUCUGCACCCGAAUAGUAUUCUCUGGAAUUCCGAUAAUCUGCCGCGGACAGACGAUUCGCAGUGGAUAUCUGUUGGCGUUGAACUACCGCCGCUUGACGCUGCCAAUAUCAACCAACUGGUUUUUGCUGUAGCCAUGCUGCAUGAUCGGGGCACUGUGUUUCUGGAUGAUAUCCUCUUGCGUGUUGCACAAGAUUCCACGGAUCCGCUACUGUGGUACCAAGUGGCGUUGGUUUUGUUGGGCGUGUUCGUCGCCAGCAUAGUCGCGGGAGCCCUAUCCAUCUUUGUACGACGUCAUAUGAAGAUUCCGGACGUUAACCGACAAUUGUUAGCGGGAUUUGUUCCAUGGGAAAUUAUUCAACGGUUUGAGCAGCCGCAUUGGUCGGUCCAGUUAGAGCUAAGACACGUUGGCGAAGGGCGCUUCGGCUACGUGCAACUUGGUUGGAUACCCACUGCAUACCACCCUAGUAAUCAGCCGGUGGCCAUUAAGCGCUUGAACCGUCAGCACUCAACGGUGGGCCGUGACCGGUUCCUGGUGGAAAUGGCCGUGUUCAUGAAAGUCGGGAAACACCGCAAUGUUGUCGAAUUACUGGCCAUCACAACACAAAAAGAGCUGAUGAUUGUCAUGGAAUACUGUGAGGGUGGUUCGCUGUUGGGCCAUCUCCAUGAUCCUUCAAAUUUUCCGGCGUGCAAUGCACAUAUGAAGAACAAUCCGUAUGAUGGUUCGGCGGUACAGAAAGAAAUUGUGCGAUUAGUCCUUUUUUCUUACGAUGUCGCGCGUGGAAUGGAGUUCUUGUCGAAUGGCCACAUUGUGCAUGGUGAUCUUGCCGCGCGCAACAUCCUGCUGGAUAGUCUUAAGCGGGCGAAAAUUGCAGAUUUCGGGAUGGCAAAGUUUGAAGGAGAUUUCGACACGAAAGCUUUGUUAGAAAACAGCUUGCUUCCAGCAGGCUGGGUCGCUCCUGAAGUUCUGGCACCCACCGUAAAUCCGUGCCAAUCCCAGAGCGAUGUAUGGUCGUUCGGCGUUCUGGUCUGGGAGAUCUUCUCCUUAGGUGCAAAACCGUAUGAAGCGAUGUUCGCGGCGAUGGAUUUUACGUGCGCGGCGUUGUGGGGAUACCUUAACGCCGGAUGCCGGUUACCGGUACCCACACUGUUGCCGGAAAAACUGCAAGAGAUGGUGAAGAUGUGUUGGGAGUUCAAACCUGAACAGCGGCCAUCUUUUCGGGAACUCUUGAGAAUCACCGGAGGACUACUACCGUCACAAGCCAAAGAAGUCUACAUCUCGUGUGAAAAAGAUGAGCGAAAUAAUGACGCUGUUAGUGAUCAGAGUGCGGGUUAAUCCCUGUUUGGAAUCAUGAUUUCGCUAUAUAGUCCAUACUAAAAUUCACCGUGUCCGUACUAGAUUUUUGAAAUCACUAGAACCAGUUAAGACCUUCAAUAAGUGUCGAGUUAAAUUUUUGGUCCCGAAGGCCUAAUGAACCUUUAGCAUCCAUAAACAUGAUGAUUUAAUAACAUGUGUUAUGGAGUUAAAUUUUAAACAAACCAUCAUUAUGGAGCAUGUUAGCAAACGUGUGAAGUGCUUAUA